CGCGCCGCGCCGCCGCCCCCCGGCCUCCGUCGCCGCGGGAACGCGCGGCGGCCCGGGCCUCACCAUGAGCCUGCGGGUGGCGCGGGCCGCGUGGGCCCGGGGCUGGGGCGCGGGCUGCCGCCGCGGCGCCGCGGCCUUCCCGCCGCCCCCGCCGCGCGCCGUGGACGUGGCGGAGCUGCUGCGAGACGCCACGGCCGCGGAGGAAGAGCCGCGGGAGGCGGCGGCGCGGCGGCCGCCGGGCCAGUGCUCGGUGCUGCUCUUCCCCGGCCAGGGCAGCCAGGUGGUGGGCAUGGGCCGGGGGCUGCUCCGCUACCCGCGCGUCCGCGAGCUCUACGCCGCCGCCCGCAGCGUGCUGGGCUACGACCUGCUGGAGCUGAGCCUGCGCGGGCCGCAGGAGGCCCUGGACCGCACGGCGCACUGCCAGCCCGCCGUCUUCGUGGCCUCGCUGGCCGCCGUGGAGAAGCUGCAUCACCUGCAGCCCGCGGUGAUUGAGAACUGUGUUGCUGCUGCUGGAUUCAGUGUGGGAGAAUUUGCAGCCCUAGUGUUUGCUGGAGCCAUGGAAUUUUCUGAAGGUUUGUAUGCAGUGAAAGUCCGAGCUGAGGCCAUGCAGGAAGCCUCGGAAGCUGUCCCCAGCGGGAUGUUGUCUGUCCUCGGCCAGCCUCAGUCCAAGUUCAACGUUGCGUGUUUGGAAGCCCGGGAGCACUGCAAGACUUUGGGCAUAGAGAGCCCCGUGUGCGAGGUGGCCAACUACCUCUUUCCUGAUUGCCGGGUGAUAUCAGGACAUCUGGAGGCGCUGCAGUUCCUGCGGGAGAAUUCCUCCAAGUAUCACUUCAGGCGCACCAAGAUGCUGCCCGUUAGCGGGGGCUUCCAUACCCGCCUCAUGGAGCCGGCCUUGAAGCCCCUCGAACAAGUUCUAAAGUCGAUCGGUGUCAGGAAGCCUCUGGUGUCCGUCCACUCAAAUGUCGACGCGAACAGAUAUAUGUACCCCAGACACAUCCAGAAGCUGCUGGUGCGGCAGGUGGUCUCCCCGGUGAAGUGGGAGCAGACGAUGCACGCCAUUUACGAGAGGAAGAGGGGCACGGAGUUCCCCCAGACUUUCGAGGUGGGGCCUGGGAAGCAGCUGGGAGCCAUCCUGAAGAGCUGCAACCUGCAGGCCUGGAAGUCGUACCAGCACGUGGAGGUGCUGGAGGAUGACGGGACCUAGGCCGGGCCCCCUAGCCCCGCGGUGGGAGCCCCUGGUGCCUGGGGUGGCAGGGGCACAGCUUAGGAGGGGGAAGGGGACCCAGUCGGUGCUGCAGCGGGCCUGGACCUGCCCCAUCUGUCCCUAGGCCUCCUCGACCAAGUGACUGGGAGGCACUGUUUGCAAAGUGCUUUGAAGACCACAUAAAAGCCCCAAAGCGAGUAUUUCUUGACCUGCCGAGGUCCGUUUCUUCCCCUGAGAUAUGUUUCAGGGCUGGGGGGAAGCUGCAGCAGGGCCAGAAGAGUCCCGGGGACCCUGGAGGCAGAUCUCACACCUCUGGGCUCCUUUGUAAAACAGGCUGAGACCACCUGGCCGGCAGGUGUGCUCAGGAGGCUGGGAAGGCUCAGCCUGUGGCCUGUCGCGCCCUACCCCAUCACCACGAGGGCGCCAUCGGCAUACUGGCGUGGCCACUAGGCAGGCCAGUGCCAGAGGGGCCCCCACUGCCCCGUGAGCCUGUGCGUCCCCACAGCUGGCUUCUGAGCCCUUUCGUCACUGAAAGCAAAGGGCUUCCAGACGUAGCUGGCCUUGGCAGCCAUUCUGUCCAUCCCACACUCUGUCGCUGGGAGACUCUGUCUCACACUGGUUUAUCUUCCCAACAGCCAGUACUGAGCGCCUGCCAGCUACCUGUGAGUGAGCGGCCUUCCCGCUUGGGGGGAAGAGGUCCUUAGCCAGGCAGGAAGCAUGUAAGGUGGCUGGCUGAGGGCCCUGUUGCCCUGCAGACGGUGAUCGCUAAGGGUCUACUCUGUGCCUGUGAACCUCCCAUGGCACAGCCACACCCCAGGAGCAGACGACGGUUCUGGACAUGGGCAGCUCCGCUGAUAACAAGCAGAAGUCACGUUCUGGA